CGGGAACUGAAAUUUCGAAGUCGAAAUUGAAAAAUCGGGCAGCACAGACGACGGAAUCGAAAUAUAGUGGCUCUAUAUUUUCGAUUUUUCACCGUUCACACUUGUUUACGUUUGCCAUUAAAAAUUUUCAAAAAAAAAAUUAACAACUAAAAACGGUAAAGCGCCGGGUGGAAAUUGGAUACGUGUGCCGUUGUGCGUCGGAUCGGCGGAUUAUGUGCGUUUUCUGAGCGAUUCUACACCAAAAAUCCAUAAAAAGCAAACAAGAAGUGAAGACAGGAACCAGCUAAGAGCAGCGGAGAGACGAAGGAGGCCAAAGAGGAGCAGCAGCAGGUGAAACCAGGUGGACGCAGGAGAUUCACCCGCCUAGAAAGCAUCAUCAUCAUCAUUAUCAUCAUCAACCUCGUCAGCAGGUGACAGCGAAACACAUAAAAAAGUCAGCACAAAUAUGUCGAGCGAAUCGAGUCGAAGGAUCCAGGUGCCCGAGAAGCUAAAGGAGGUCCUGCUGCAGUUCUCGAUUGCCUUUCUGGUGGAACAGCCUCCGGAUGUGAUCGACUAUGCCGUGGAAUACUUCAGCAAGCUGCAGGCCGAGCGUCCCAGUGUGGCCACCACGGAGCAGAGCACCGAUGACCAGCUGAGCGUCAACUCACAAGAAGCCGAUGCCGAACCGCCCGUGAUGCAGGGCACACGCCGCAAAUCAGUUUUCGCCGAGGCCUACGAUCCGGAGGCGGAUGACGAUGAUGAUGGUGCCACUGCCGUGUUCCCCAAGACAGAUGACCAGCGGGCUCGACUGGUGGAGUCGGUAAAGAAUGUACUCCUCUUCCGAUCCCUCGACAAGGAGCAGAUGAACCAGGUCCUGGAUGCCAUGUUCGAGCGAAAGGUUCAGCCAUUGGACUACAUUAUCCGCCAGGGUGACGAUGGCGAUAACUUUUAUGUUAUUGAAUCAGGCAUCUACAAAGUCUAUAUCGAUGACAACCACAUUAACACCUACACUCAUACCGGACUCUUUGGCGAAUUAGCGCUGCUGUACAACAUGCCCAGAGCGGCCACCGUACAGGCGGAAACGAGUGGUCUACUUUGGGCCAUGGAUCGCCAAACCUUCCGCCGCAUCCUGUUGAAGUCGGCCUUCAGGAAGCGGAAAAUGUACGAGGAGCUGUUGAACAGUGUGCCCAUGCUGAAGGCCUUGCAGAACUACGAACGCAUGAAUCUGGCGGAUGCUUUGGUUUCAAAGAGCUACGAAAAUGGCGAGCGCAUCAUCAAGCAGGGUGAUGCCGCCGAUGGCAUGUACUUCAUCGAGGAAGGCACAGUUUCCGUGCGCAUGGACCAGGACGAUGCCGAGGUGGAGAUCUCUCAGCUGGGCAAGGGCCAGUACUUUGGCGAACUGGCGCUGGUGACACAUCGGCCAAGGGCCGCCUCCGUCUAUGCCACGGGUGGCAUCGUCAAGCUAGCAUUCCUGGAUGUAAAGGCAUUUGAGCGUUUGCUGGGUCCCUGCAUGGAUAUUAUGAAGCGCAACAUUGAUGACUACGAGUCACAGUUGGUGAAGAUAUUCGGCAGCAAAAACAAUAUCACCGAUACACGAUAAAAAGUCUGAACAACCAACAACAACAAACCACCAUCAAACAACAGCUACAACAACAACAACAAACAGCAACUGAAACCUGAAGAAAACCGGUCACUUGCAGGCUUCUUAGGAUAUUUUAUUUUAUUUCGUAACCAUGUUUCUUUCAAAUUGAGCAAUACAACAACAGACAGCAGGAUAACAAACAAAAACACAUCCUUUAACAAGGCACAAAAUACCAAAACAAACACGUACACAAUGGACACAAGAAUCAUCUAAACUUAAUCAUGAAUAUUUGAUAAUUGAAAUUAAUCCAUAAUACUACAAUGAUAACGAUAAUAGCGAUGAUAAUAAUAACGAUGAUGAUGAUGAUUAUGAUAACUGUUGAUCAUGUUGAUGAGAAGUAGCUAUAGCUUUGCCAUAUUUCUAUAGCAAGGCGAGUUAAGAAUUGUAUUGUAUGUAUUUAGCAAUUGUAAUUUGUAAUGUAUUUAAUUGGGCAAAAAUGAAUUCAACUGCGGCAAUCAGCGGCAAGAAACAAAAAAAACAAGAGAAAAACAAAAACAAAAAACGAUUGGCUCAACCGAAAUGUUAAAAAUACUAAUUUAAGCUUUGUUUAUUCAUAUACAACCUUUUUUUGUUAUCCAUUGAUUUAUUCAUAAUUUAGAAAAUAACGCAAACACACUUGUUUCAUUGGCUGCUAAUUAAACGAUAAGCAAACGAGUUAAGCAAAAUAUAUCAACUAAGAGCAAAUUGAACACACACCACAAACACACACACACACACCCUCUCUAAACACACUCGCACACACACACAUCAGCAAGAAGGGCAGGAGAAAGUCCCUGAAAUUUAAUUCAAAUCAAUGUAUAUGUACUAGUCUAGGAACAGGUGCGUGCUCCAGCCAUUAGCCAUCGGAGGAGAGGAGUGAAAGAUAUCAGAUUAGCCGAUCCCGAACCCCCACCCGACCCGACUCGAAAGCGAUCUCAGAAGCGAGUAUAUCUUACAUUUGUUAUUCGGUUCUCGGUGUUAGGAAGCAUAGGAAAAACUAUAAAGUACCAGGGAAUGAAUGCUAAAGGCACAAUCAAUAUGUUGCAUGGGAUCAACUUAGAAAACUUUGAGAAAAACUAGCGAAAAAAUACGAAAUUUAGCAGCGGAGAGCGAGAAGCGAAUAGCGAGUAGCAAGACAGAGAGUAAGCAGCGAGUAGCUAGAGCGAGAAGCGAGCUUGAGGUUCAAAUCGAGAGAGAAAGUUGUGUGCACCGGGGUGACAUUUGCUUAGGAUGAUCUUGUAUCUUGAUCGCUUUUAGCAUUACGAAUGUAUCUUUUUAUUUUCGGGCCAUAGCGAAUCUUGUUAGGUGAACGAAUCAAAGCAAUAUCGACGGCCUAGUUAAUGUGUACUUAGUAUAUUCCUGUUUUCGUUGCUGUUCAAUAUACCUACAUACCUGUGUGUACUACCCUAUAUACCUAUAUAUCUCUAUUUAUAUAACUGAAUGAGCUUAAACUAUAAACCUAAAUCUAUACCUAAACGACUCCAACUACUUUACUACCCAAUGUUUUGAACAGAAAACAAAAGGAAAAAAAAAAGAAAAACAAAGCGUAACUAAACAAAUCUUAGAAGGAUAAUCAAUGAACUUGCAUGUGUAGGGUAUAAAAUAAUAUUAUAAAAUUAAAACAAUUCAACUGGCAUACCAACAGUCGACAGGUGUUCAAAGCUAAAAGAAACUACAUAUAAUAUAGAAACCGAAAAAUAUCAUAUGUGUAAUUGCUACAAGUCGUUCAAGGCAAGGCGGAAUAAUAAAACUAAAGUAUAUAUGAAA